AUGGCCUCUCGCAGAUUCUCGACUGCUGAAAAAGGCAAAGGCAUGGCCUCAGACAAUACCGACAACACCCGUAAGCGUAUUAGAGCCCCAGAGUUUGACUACUCAGAUCUAGUAAGAGAAAAUGCUAAGACACUUAUUGGGAGGCUGACAAACCCUAGAGAACAGAAUGUAGACCAUCUAGUUCUUAACUUACCUAAGAAGUGGGCUCUCAGAGGGAAGGUGGUAGGAGCUACUCUCAGAAAUGAUUGCUUCCAAUUCCGCUUCGACCGUGAUAAAGACCUGCAAUGCGUUCUCCUCAACCGCCCUUAUCAUCACAACAACUGGAUGGUACCUCAAGGUGAGGUAUACCCUCAUGAGGAGAAAGAAAGCUUUCAUUGUAGAGUAGACCGACAUGGAACGCCCUUUGGUAACAGAGUUUCUUCAGACAACUCUCGAUUCCAACCUCUAAAGAACAAAAUCACACCAGGCAAUCCUAGUCGAUCUCCACUUGCUAGAACUCAAGAUGCUCAUCAUGUUGUAGCUCAUGGGAGAGGCUCUGUUCCCAGCAGAUACAAGCCACCUAACCCACCACAGUUACAGUGGAGAGUUCAAGAGCACACAAAACCCCCUCAUGGACCCCCACAAGUGCCAGCUUUGAGAUCCCCGUCGACACCAGCUCCUCCGUUGGGAAGAAAUCUUCAUGAAAGUGAUUUCUCCAAACAAUCUGAGAUAUCAUCUGCUGAAAAAGUCUUUGAAGAUCUAAGAGAAGUCACCCUGCAGUACAUCAACUGUGCUAAUCCCAUAGAGAGUGCAGCUAGGAGACGAAGAGUAAUACAAACUGAAACUGAGAACCUUAUGGCAAACACAACCUCUGGAAUCAUUGCAGCAGCUACGGCAGCCGCUAGUCAAACCGCUAUGGUGCCUCAGGUCAAUCCCACGGUGAUUUUGCUCCCAAGCUCGGAAACCUCUACUCUCAAUCGAGCUCCUCAAACCUCUGGAGAUGGCAUGACCACUACUAUCACUGCUACAAAACGCCGUGGUCGACCACCGAGGACAAGAAAAUCAACACCUAAUCCUAGACUGGUGGGAGGUAGUGCAAAGAAGUGUAUCUUCUCCAAAGUACAACCCUCCCCAGGUAAACUGAAUGCUACACCUGUUAGGAAGGGCAGAAACAGAGUUGCUCCCUCACCUGCACACGAUGCCUCGGUUCCUGUUGUCUCCCAGGGAAGUGCUCCAUCAACCUCUGCUAAUAACCAGGGUUUUCACAACCCCGGAAAUCCUUUUCCUAAGCCAUAA